AUGUUAAUCAAAUAUAAUAAAGAAUGUGGAUUCCCUGGAUUAUCUAUUCAGUGGGGACCAGUUGCUGAUGUUGGACGUGCAGCAGAUAUUGAAUUUCUAUAUGGAGUAAAACACCAGACCAUAGCCUCUUGCAUGAUGGAACUUGAAAAGCUAAUGCUGAACCCUGAAGCAAGUGUAGCAAGAUGCAUGGUGAUCAGCAAUGAUAUCAAUACUUGUUCUUCCAUCAGAGGACAUCAAAGAAGUGCUGACCUGUUGACCAACAUUACUAAGGUUCUUGGACUACCUGACAGUAGCACCUUAUCACCAGACAUGACGUUAGAAUCACUUGGCAUGGACUCAUUAAUGCAAAUAGAGAUACGUCUCUGCAUUGAGAAAUAUUAUGGAAAAUCCCUUAGUGCAGAGGAAGUUCGCACUCUCACUGUUCAGAAUCUGUUUGAUUUUGACAGAGCAUACACAUCAGAACCAAGUGGCAGAACAAGUACCAUUAGUGGAGCCGAUGCACCAAAAAAAAUGGAGCAUUUCCAAAUGGAAAGGACAGAAGAGAAACGUUCGAAUGCAGCUGAAAAGGAGUUUGUACUUUUGGACUUCAGUGCUUCUCCACUUGUUCCAGAAGAGACUCUGGUGAUGCUUGCGAAUGAAACUUGUUGUCAGGCAACGCCCAUGUUCUUUGUGCAUCCAAUAGAUGGAACUUGCAGACUUUUACAAGAAACUGCACAGAGCAUGAAGAGAGCAGUCUAUGGACUGCAACUUUCUUAUGGAUCACCACGCACAACACUUAUAGAGCUUGCUACAUUUUAUAUCAGACAAAUGCGUGCAGUGCAAGCAACUGGUCCUUAUAUACUUCUUGGUUACUCUGCGGGUGUUGCCAUUGGUAUUGAAAUGGCCAGGCAGUUGGAAGCAUCUGAAGAAACAGUAUUUCUGAUCACACUAGAUUUCUUACUGAAUCCACUGGAAAAUGGUUUUACAACAUUCUCGAUUUUGGAAGUUGGUUUUCUGACACAAACAGUAUCACACUUCAUUUCCAAUCUUGAUGAAGACAAACUCAAAUCAAAACUAUUUGCUCUGCCUGACUGGUGUGCACGGCUUGAGUACUGCCUUCACCUUGUUGGCCCACACCAUCCCAAAGACCUUCAAGCAGCUCUUGAGAACUGUCACUGGCUUCUAAAAGCCAUUAUUGAAUACAGUAUUCCAUCUGACAAAGUACUGAGAUCACCUCUCCUGCUUAUAGCAGCAACUGAUGGGAUCAUUAAGCACAGAAUAAACAAACGGUAUAAUUUUCAAAAGCUAACGGCUGGACCUAUUCAUAUAAAAUAUGCGGAAGGCAACCAUAAAACAUUUUUGCAAGGUCCAGAGAGAUGUAAAGCAAUAGCCCAUAAUAUAAAUGAAUGGUUACAAGAACACAAGUCCCUGCUACUGGAUGAUUCUGAGAAUCUACUGUGACACAGUACCAUGCAAGUACA